UGGGUAGCUCCUCGUCCCUCAUGACCUGGUUCGUAGCCGUCAUCUUGACCUUGGCUUCGGCUGAGCCCGAAGGGUACGGAUGCUACCCUGAAACCAAAUAUGUCACCCACUACGAAACGAAGGUGACAAAGGUUCCAGUUUACGAAACGGUCUACAGCACGGAAGUCAUACCGACCACGUUCUACGAGCAAGUCUACAACACCAUUUACAACACCAAGUACGAAACCGAAUACGUACCGGAGUACGUGUACAAAACCGUCUACAAAACGGACGUCAAGUACGUGACGGACUACGAGACGGAUUACCAGACGGUCUACAGCACGGUCUACGAGACCAACGUCGAGUACGUGCCAAAAUACGUCACGGAUACCGUCUACGACACCGUCUACAAGACAGACGUGGUGCACGAGACCGUCUACAAGACGAAUUACGUACCUGAGUACGUCACGAAGACUGAAGUGAAAUAUGACGUACAGUACCAGACUAAAAUUGUUCCUCAGUAUCACACUGUUUACAAGACAGUCUACUCUUACAAGACAGUCUGUCCUAAGCAUGCCUACGGGUACUGACAGGAUUGCCAACUGUUUACCUUGUUACUUUGUUCUUGAGACUGAAGAUUGUUAUCUUCUAUAUUCUUGUGCCCAAAGAUUAUCUGCUUCCAUAUUCUUGCCUUAAAAUUGUGAUAUAAUUCAUAAAUCUGAAGAUUCCCAUCUCUAUACCUAUAUUCUUGGGCCUGAAGAUUGACUUCUACUUCUAGUAUAUUCUUCAGUCUGAGGAUUGCCUUUUGCUAUAUUCUUCAGUCUGAAGAUUGCUUUUGGCAAUAUUCUUCACUUUGAAGAUUUCCUUUUGCUAUA